GCUGGACAACUUGAAGUGGCCAGCAUGCGCCGUCCUCCAUCUUCGGAUGGAAGACGGUGGAAAAAGAAAUGAACAGCAGAUAGGUGAGCAGGCAGAAGGACCGAGAACCGGAUCAGACUAUUUACUCUUGUUUGGCUCCCACAUAUCCUUUUCACCAGAUGGACAGGCUUGAUCACUGCAGCUUAUCCUGUUGUUCUCAGCAGACAAGCUGGUGCUGUAUAUACUGUACACUAACACACUGCCAAUCUAUAUGCUUGUAAACUGCGACCAGGUCCACCUACACACCAUAUUGUGUUGGCUCUUCAUGGACAAUAUGGAGAUGAAUCACCGAUUUUUUGUUCCGUUAUUGAUCGUAAAUCUAAAGGUUUGGGACCCGUCGGAGACUCACCGCAGGUGGAAGGGCGUCCUUAUCUGCACGCUAAACAAAGAGAAGUUAAGACAAAGAAAAUCAAAACUAAAAUAAAACUGUUGUCCCACGACGGCCUUAUUGAAGUGAUUAUGACUCUAAGAUUCAACGGUCGAUUCUCAAUGGGAAAAACGUAUGAGGCUUUCACAGUGACAGUCGACACUGACACUACUGUUUAUUGCAGGCUUUCAAAAAGUGUUUUAGCUGUCUAUUCGUCUAACACCGAAUUAGCUUCUGUUCUAUACGGGCCGUCGGUAGUGUUACGAGGGCAGAUAGUGACAACAGUAACCUUACACUCGUUUAGACUGGCCUGCUCUGUCCGCUGUCUCACCUGUGAAUAGGUUUGCUUUACUUAGUCUAAUGAAUUAUUUUAUGAGCCGCACCAAGAGAUAAAUUACAGAAGUUCAGAGUCCUCGAGACUUUGUCGUCAGUUGACACAUUUACGGUCGUGUUCUGCCGCUACUGUACCGAAGGCCAUAAAAGCAGGAGAUGGACAGGAGUGAGGAAGCCACCUGGCUUUGGUCGGCCUCCUCCAAGAGUGUCGCUGUGUGUCUUCCGCUUCCUGAUUUAUGUCUGAUUUGUAAAUAAAAUGUUGCAUCACGUGUCUUUUUUGUUGUCUCUCCUUCCAGCUCGUCACUAAGACAACCUUCAUCGACGGCCAAAGUGUGUCUGGUGUGCGGGGACGAGGCGUCCGGGUGCCACUACGGCGUGGUGACGUGUGGGAGCUGCAAGGUGUUCUUCAAAAGAGCGGUGGAAGGUCAGCACAACUACCUUUGCGCCGGCAGGAACGACUGCAUCAUCGACAAGAUCCGCAGGAAAAACUGCCCGGCGUGUCGCGUGCGGAAGUGUCUGCAGGCCGGCAUGAACCUGGGAGCACGUAAAUCCAAGAAGCUGGGCAAGCUGAAGGGAGUGAGCGAGGACCUGCACGGCUCCAAGGACAGCCAAACGACCGCCGGAGGUGGUGCGGGCGGGGGGGUCGGUGGCGGAGGCGGCGGGGGCAACGGCGGCGGCGGCGGAGGCGGGGGAGGUUACCUGUCCUCGGAGAAGGAGCUGAGCGCCAGCCAGGCCCAGAGCAACGCCCUGGUGCCCCACGGGCUGGGCGUGGUCACCCCCUACCUGCCCCCCUCCAUCUGCAGCGUGCUGGAGCUCAUCGAGCCGGAGGAGGUGUUCUCCGGCUACGACAACAGCAUGCCCGACACCACCGACCACCUGCUGUCUAGCCUCAACUGCCUGGCCGGCAAGCAGCUUGUGCGCAUGGUCAAGUGGGCCAAAGUACUUCCAGGAUUCCGAGGCCUGCCGAUAGAGGACCAGAUCACGCUGAUCCAGUACUCGUGGAUGUGCAUGCUGUCCUUCUGCCUCAGCUGGCGGUCGUACAAACACACCAACGGGCAGCUGCUCUACUUUGCCCCGGACCUCAUCUUUAACGAGGAGCGCAUGCAGCUGUCCGCCAUGUACGACCUGUGUGUGGGAAUGAGGCAGGUGAGCCUGGAGUUUGUCCGGCUGCAGCUUACCUACGACGAGUUCCUCUCCAUGAAGGUGCUGCUGCUGCUCAGCACAGUGCCCAAGGAGGGUCUGAAGAGCCAGGCGGCGUUCGAGGAGAUGAGGGUGAACUACAUCAAGGAGCUGAGGCGCUCGGUGGGCAAGGCCACCAACAACUCUGGUCAGACCUGGCAGCGCUUCUUCCAGCUCACCAAGCUGCUGGACGCCAUGCACGACCUGGUGAGCAACCUGCUGGACUUCUGCUUCUACACCUUCCGCGAGUCGGAGGCCCUGAAGGUGGAGUUCCCCGACAUGCUGGUGGAGAUCAUCAGCGACCAGAUACCAAAGGUGGAGUCGGGCCUCACGCACACACUGUACUUCCACAAGAAAUGACCGCGUCCGCCCCCCCCCCCCCCCCCCCCCCCCCCCCCCGCCCCCACGCGGGACGGGGAACGCAGAGCACCGGGAGGACACCAGAGAGACGCACCGCAACACGCCACACACUGACACCGGGAGGAGACGCCGAGGGGCCCGCGGGGGGAAGGCGGAGGGGGGGGGGGGGGGGAGGAGGAGGAGGAGGAGGAGGAGAAAGAGGGGGAGGAGGGUGAGGAAGGAUCGCCUCCUCUCUGGAAACCCGUGGAACCCGUUGGCCGUACCGUGCCGCCGCCGCCACCCCCACCGCCUCCACCCCCACCGCCGCCUCCGCCCGCCAUCGAAGCUCUCUCUCCAGGACGGAGGACACCGAGAAGGAGAGAGGGGUGCAUUGCUGUGGUGUCCCUCCUUCCUCCCCCCCCCCCCGAUGCCCUGCCCGCCCCACCCCCUCACCCAGGGGUGGAGAUGAGUGAGGGUGGGGGUCGUCCGAGGGGAGGAGAGAUGACCCCCCUUGUAUUCCCCUAAGACUCUCCGUCUUCUGUGGGCGGGAAUUAAAAAAACGAAAAAACGGUUCUUGGGAGUUGAGGACAUCGCACACAAACACAAACACACACACACGAGCACACACACGGACCCAGAAGAAGGUCUUGGGGAGUGAGAUAGGACUGAUCAUCCCUGACCCCACCCCCAGCCCCCCCCCGUCCCCCUGUCCCCCCUUGCCAGACCCCCGUGCCCAAAAGACAAUGACUUCAAAGUGUUUUCUAUGGAGACCAAGCCAUACAUUUCCAAAAUGAAGCAUUUCGCCCCUUGCACCAUGCGCAAACAUAUACACACACACACAUUUAUACAAGUAGUGUGUGAGAGGGAUUAUCACAAAGUUCACACACUCUUCUCCACGUAUGUAGAAAGAAAUGCACAAACACACUCCACAUAAACUACCACACACACCUUUUCUCACAUUUAACUAAAAAAAAGACAAAAAACUCACUCAUUAGCAGUUGCUUAUGCAGUCUUUAAAGAAAUGAACACAGUACUUCUCAAAUAUGUACAAAAGAAAAAGAGCCAAUAUCUAGUUUUAGCUUUGCAACGUAUUGACUUACAGUAACGUAACAACACACGGCUAAAUAAUUAAUUUGUUUGUUUUUUACGAGAAAACAAACCUAAGGCAAAAUGUCUAUUUGACUAUAUUUAAAGGGCUAUACUAGCUGAAUAGUGACUUCAAUUCUAACCUUGAUAAUCCCAACCGUGAGAUUCUCCACCUGGGAGAACACCACUCUCUCAACUCUUUAUUCAGAAAACCCUUUUUAUAAAUAAGAAAAAAUGCAAAACACAAUACAAUCAGAACUAAUAUGCAAAACCUCAGAGCUAAUGCUGUUUUAAAAAAAUAUAACAUUUCUAUCGUUUGGCGGUAAGCUUGAGCAAAAUGCACGUAAGACACCCAUUUCAGGAUGAGUACUACUUUUUUUUCUCAGUGGGGGGGAAAAAAAUAUUUUCUUCGUUCAAACGCUAGAAAUGAAAAGUUCCAGACUUCAGUAGUGAUGGCGGUUAGACCGAAGGUGCAUCUAUAUACUAGUAAGGACAGUUAUUUAUGUGAUCUCCAUACUUGUCCGUCCCUAUUGUUCCGUUCUACUCUCCAUGAAGCGAAACCAGCCCUUAGUGAACUCACCACGUAUCGUCUCUUCCCAGAAAUAAUAACAAAUAAUAAUAUGAAUAACAACAUAGCGUUUUCAUACAAGGUGUGACGCCAGGUUUGUCGUUUUUAAACGACGAGCCCAGACGUUUUACAUUUACGGUGCUUCUUUUUUCUACUAAAGCCAUGCAAACUAUAACGUAAAUAUGUACAGUAAACUUCACAGGCGCUCCAUCCCGAAUACUCACUUUGGACGCGGGCUCAAUCCCUACGCUCUAUUAUCUUAAUGUAAUCCGAAAAAAAAUAAAACUUUAACAAAAAAAUAACACAAAAAAAAAAUAAAACACCUACAGUCGCGAUAGUGCUUUAAGCAAACGGCUUCAUGACAUAAAUACCUGGCGUAACAUUUACAGGUAUAAAAACGCUGCACUCACCUUCUCCUCAGCUCCUGUACAAAUAUUUUUGUUGUUUUUUUAGGUACCUGUUGCGAAAAACAAACCGACACUUCGGUGGUUGGUUAAGGUGACAUUUUGACUGCUUUCUGUCAGUGUUGUUUUGUUUGAUUUCUCUCAUUUUAUUCUCAUUUUGUGGGCCAAAACUUCAAGAGAUACCGGGUCUUGUAAGACCCGGUGAUCUGGACCAGUACCGCGUCUCUCGCACCUCAGUGAUGGCAAAGUAUUUCGGAAAAUACGACGUGAAGCUACUGAAACAGAAGAGAAAGAACAGAACAGAAGACAGAUAGACGCGCUGAGAAGGAUGAGAAUAGUUGUGUGUGCGUGAUUAUUCUUUGUGAGUUUCUAUUUGCCGAUGCGUGCGUGUGUGUGUGUGUGUGUGUGUGUGUGCGCGCAGGUGUGUAUGUACAGUACUUGUGCAUGCUCAUCUACGUGUGGUGUAUACUAUUAAGUUUGUGUCUAUGUUCCCUUUCGCAAUCGUGAGUAUUAUGCAUUCAUAUUAUAUAGGAUUAACCGUAUCCGAUUUCUACACUUGGACAAAACAAUGAUUUUGCACAGAGGAGAUAAUACAAUGUGAAAUGAGACUUUAGCUGCAAGGUUGCAGAACAAAAUUAAUUUUGCCAUGAUCAGCCCAGCAAACAGUUGGACCAGAGCGAGGAACGGAUUGUUAGCAACACUGGGAUGGGUUGGUACACUGUUACUAGUGUUAGGGUCCAUAGCGACCGUGGUCAUGGCGACGAGGUGAUGGUGGUGAUUGUAUGCGGUGAAUAAGGGUGAAUACAGCAUAUAUAUCAGUAUAUAUAAAUAUAUGUAUAUAUAUCGAUGUAUAUAUAUGUAUAAACAAGCGAAAGCCCACUAUUUUGUUUCACUUUAUUGUUCCUGUUUUGUUUUUAUUUGUUUGUUUAUUGUGCAUCGCUUUGUACAAUAAUCUCUCACUUUGUCGUUCUUUGCCCCCCUUUAAAAAACAACAACAACUGUCAACCGGUUUAGAGUGAAUGGAAAAGUAUUUUUGAAAGAAUUAUAUUUUGCUGGAAUACAAUAUUUAAGUACUUUGUCUAAAAUAUCCCUUUUUUGUAAGAUGAAAUUAAUGCAUGCUUUUUGACGAGAUGUUUACAUUGUAUUUAAAGAAGGGAAAACGUGUGCCUUUUUUAUCUCACCCAAUUUACAAUUUUCAAAGUGUAUAUUGUAAAUAACACAGCAAGGCUCUAUGUUGAGUUUAGUAUAUGAAAUUUAUACUUUAACCAUCCUGCAAAACGUAUGUGUUUUACCCCUCGUCGUAGUGUGUUGUGAGCUCGGAGAAAUGUAUAUAUAUAUAUAUAUAUAUAUAUACAUAUAUAUGUAUAUAUUUAUAUAUAUGGAGGAGUUAUGAAUGUAUCAAUCAAUUAUGAGCUUACUACCUGAAUGUUAGAGAGACGUCACUAACUCUUUUAUUUUUAAAUUAUUUGUUUUUGCAUAAUUUUUCUCUUUUUGUUGCAUUAUUUUCAUGUGACCCAGACGAAACGUCAGACAUUUUUCUUUGUUUGUUUUUGUAACAGAAGAUGUAUCAAGUAAUUGAUCUGAGAGUUGUUGCUGUCAUUUUGAUUUACUUCAAGUAAAGACUUAAUUGUAUGGUGGAUACCACAGUAAAAACAAGAAAUCACUCACUAUUAAAGAUUAAAUGCCGAAAAGUAUCA